GCCAUAUCUGGCUCGGGCCCUGGGCUCUUUGUCCCUCCCCUGGACUGGGCUGACAGUACCUAGUGGCACAGUGCAGACACGCCUGCAGACAUUCCCCAGGAAAGGGCAGCGGCAGCCAGGUGUGAAUGAGGCAGGAUGAACUGGACCGGUUUGUACACAUUGCUCAGUGGCGUGAACCGGCAUUCUACCGCCAUUGGUCGCAUAUGGCUGUCGGUCAUCUUCAUCUUCAGGAUCAUGGUGCUGGUGGUGGCUGCCGAGAGCGUGUGGGGUGACGAGAAGUCCUCCUUCAUCUGCAACACCCUGCAGCCCGGCUGCAACAGCGUCUGCUACGACCACUUCUUCCCCAUUUCCCACGUGCGCCUGUGGUCCCUGCAGCUCAUCUUGGUGUCCACCCCAGCUCUCCUUGUGGCGAUGCACGUGGCUCACCAGCAGCACAUAGAAAAGAAGAUGCUGCGACUCGAGGGUCACGCGGACCCCCUGCACCUGGAGGAGGUCAAGAGGCACAAGGUCCACAUCUCAGGGACGCUGUGGUGGACCUAUGUCAUCAGCGUGGUCUUCCGGCUAAUGUUUGAGGCCGCCUUCAUGUAUGUCUUCUACCUGCUCUACCCCGGCUACGCCAUGGUGCGGCUGGUCAAGUGUGAGGCCUACCCCUGCCCCAACACGGUGGACUGCUUUGUGUCCCGGCCCACCGAGAAAACCGUCUUCACGGUCUUCAUGCUGGCCGCCUCGGGCAUCUGCAUCAUCCUCAACGUGGCCGAGGUGGUGUACCUCAUCAUCCGGGCCUGUGCCCGCCGAGCCCAGCGCCGCUCCAAUCCGCCCUCCCGCAAGGGCUCGGGCUUCGGCCACCGCCUCUCACCUGAGUACAAGCAGAAUGAGAUCAACAAGCUGCUGAGCGAGCAGGAUGGCUCCCUGAAAGACAUACUGCGCCGCAGCCCCGGCACUGGGGCUGGGCUGGCUGAGAAGAGCGACCGCUGCUCGGCCUGCUGAUGCCGCACACAAGGCAACCUCCCCUCCUGCACCCCUCCCCCUAUCCCCCAUCCCCCUGCCCCUGGCCCUGCCCCUCCUUCUCCCCUGCCAGGUGUGGGCCUCUGCCUGCUAGGGACUGCAGAUCAGAUCAAUGGAAAUCUCCCUUUCCUCCCUGGUUUCCCGUCCUCCACCCCCACACCCCCACCCCCGCCUUGUGUCUGGGGGGCCAGAGGGGUGGGGAGCCCGAGGCCGGCCAGGCCAGUGCUCAAGGGUGGGGUGAGGGGGCAGGGGGUGGCUCUUCUUGUCUGUACCCCCUUUCCACUUCCCUCUCCCUCUUCCUGGGGCCACUGGGGGACAAGAGAUAUGAUGCUCUGACAGCAUCUCCAAU